UAGCCUUUUGAAAACAUUUCCAGUGGUUAAACCAGUCUUAAUGGAAUCAAAGAACGGCGUUUUCUUGGAGCCCGUGUUUUUAUGUAUAUUUCAACCUCUAGCAGGUGACAUCAUUUAUGACGUGUUAUGGUUUAUCAACGGUGAUGAACUGACGUGGACAGCAUCAUACAAUGUAUCUUUUUCUGAUCUGAAUUCUACUGCUUUGAGACCAUCUUACUGGACAGGAAACUAUUCGCUGAAUUUUGAGAUCGACUGUGCCGUACGAGCAUACGACCCAUCAGCAUCUGUGUCCGGUUCAGUGCAAAGGAGUCCGACAUUUUUUGCUGGAAUUACGCCAGAACAAACAGAAUACUACGUUGUUGAGGGAGUUACAUCACGAAUUAAACUCACCAGUACUAUACCGUUCAGUUGUCCUCUGUCUUUAAGUGAAGAAAUGCGAGAAGCCUUUUGUACGUAUUACUUCUUUGUGUGGACGCCAUCAGAGGACAGCUGCAAGAAUGGGAUGGCUAGUAAUGGGAUAGCCCUGACAAAUCAGCCCUGUGGGGUGACGUUUAACUUUAGGGACUGGGGCAACAGAAGUGUUUAUAUCAAUGUGACGGGUUAUGUAGAUGGCAUGAUUAACUACAACGACAGGACUACGUAUCUACACAUAGCGUCAACAAGAAACCCAAUGGAUCCACUGGGAAUCUGGAAAAAUCUCAGUAUUGGAGGAAUUAAAGUUAAAGUGGGUGACCGCGACAUUUUGGUCACUGGUAGUCAAUGUAUAUCAUCAAACGACCCACAUAUGACGACAUUCGAUGGGCGGCGCUGGGAAAACCAGAGAACUGGAACAUUUGUUUUAUAUCAGCACAAAACAUUACCAUAUACGGUCCAUGUUAUUUAUUCUGAAUGUGUCCCAAGGCGUGCAACCUGUAACUGUGGAGUAGCAGUCAGAAAUAGGUUUAGCUACUACAUCGUCAGGACUUGUGAAAUAGUUUCGUUACAUAAUACCAAAAUACUAUCAAUUCCAUAUGAAGAAGAACGCCUUUGCAAAGCUGCUGAUCUCCAAAUUGUGAAAUCUGGAAAGCAUUACACAGUAACCUUUCCAUCUGGAACACAAGUCUCCUUCUUCAUCUCGUCAUGGAAUAACUUUAUCGGGAGUGUGAAGAUCCGGGCUUCUGUGUCAGACAUCGAGUCUUCCCUAGGUUUGUGUGGAUUAACUAAUGGCGAUACAUCUGAUGACUUCAUCUUGAAAGGCGGCAACAGCCCCACUGACUCUACCACAUUUGCACUGUCAUGGAGAAUUUCAAUGGAUUCUGGUGUUAGCCUAUUUUCGAAGCUAUCGUCAUAUUAUCAGGACACAUCAUGGAUGUAUAAUGGUGGCGUUCAACCAGAACCUGGUGAUACAUACUGCACAUGCGCACAGAGAGGGCCAAUUGAUACAUAUCAGUUUUCCUUACCAAACACAGUUCAUUGUAACAUGACGUCACCAAGUCAAUUAUGCGAGGAUGGUAACUCCACUCUGGUCUUAGAUUCAUGUUCCAGUUCAUUUGAUCGCAUGAGGUCAACAGAAGAUACAGAUGAUGUGGAUAUAGAGAGUGAAUUAACAUAUGAUACGGACUACAACGAAUCAGCUGUUAUUGAGGCUGCACAGUGGAUGAAUGGCUGGGAUGAAACAUCGGCAAGAGAAUUCUGUACGAAACGAUUUGACCAUGACCCAGCUGUAGAUGUUUGUGACCAACUGGUCAACAUCAGCAAAGUACCCUUUAUUGAUGAAUGUGUCGCAGAUAUUAAGAUUUCUGGAAAUAAGACUUUCAUAGAAGAUACAUUAGCCACAUUGAAAGGCGCUUGUUUGACAGAAGCAACGAGAAACGAAGCUUUUUAUGAGAUUCAAUCGUCUGAUACCAAUGGAGUGACACUCUUUGAUUACGUCUCAUCAUUUUUAUGUCCUGGCAAUUGUUCUGAAAAUGGAGUUUGCGUAAAUGCCACUUGUUCGUGUUUUGAUGGUUUUCUUGGUUCCGAUUGUUCUGGAAAGCUCUCUAUUCCCCCAAAAGAUUUUCUUCUACCUUCAAAUGGAUUGUGUGAUAUCAGUUCCAGGGAAUGUCUUAAAACAAACAUCUUUGGAUUUUUCGAUGUUGAAAAUGUCACAGCUAAGUUUGAAUACUUUCAGGUGAAGAAUAAUGUGAUCCAUACAACAAAUCACUUUAAAAUAGAAAGCACAACUUACUAUCACUACAAUAAGAUAAAAAAAGCGACAAAGAUUUAG